AUGAUGUACGAGAAUGCUAAGGGGUCAAGGCAGCCGAAUUGCACCCUUAAGAAGGAGACGGACUCUCAUCAGGAUUCAGGACAUGAAGAUGAUCUGAGGAAUAUCAAGAUGAAGCUUUUCGAGCGAUUCCGCAAGACACUGUCGUCUCUCUACACCAAGCGCGACCGACCCCCAACCUCUCACGCAGACAGCAACAGCAACGAUGAAAGCGAAGUCCAACGAGGCCACUACGUCUUCCCCGCCGAGUGGGAGCGUCACGAAGCAACAAUCAUGGGCUUCCCAUCCCGCUGUUCCCUACCGCCCGAUCAAUACGAAGCUGUCUGCAACGAGCUCGCCCAACUAGCAGCAGCAAUCAGCGAGUUCGAGUCCGUCCGGAUGUACGUGCGGCCCGAGGAAAUCCAAUUGGCCGAGUCCGUGGUCAAACCGUGUGUCAAAGACGCAUCCCGGAUCAGCUUCAUCCCCUGUCCAAUCAACCACUGCUGGGUGCGCGACACGGGCCCUGUCUACAUACGUGACCCAACAGGCAAAUUCCCUCACCGGCGCUUCGCGAUCAAUUUCCGCUUCAACGAAUGGGGCGGCAAGAAGCCCGAGAACGACGGCGUCUGCUGGGGCCAGCAGUGGCCUCUGAUGGACGAAACAGCCCUAGCCGAAAACGCAGAUUUCGCCCGCUGGGUCAUUGAGCACGACCGCGUCCCGGCGCCUGUGACGAUGAUCGAGUCACCGAUUCGCGCCGAGGGCGGCGGGCUCGUGACCGACGGCGAGGGAACCCUGCUCAUCUCGGAAAGUAGUAUUGUCUGCGAUGUGCGGAAUCCAGGGAUGAGCAGGGCUCAGAUCGAAACGGAACUGAAGCGGCUACUCGGGAUUGAGAAGGUGGUUUGGUUCCCUGGAAGGCGUAAUGUUGACAUUACCGACGUGCACAUGGAUGCUGAGGCGAGAUUUGUGCGUCCCGGUGAGAUCGCUUACUCGAAACCGCAUGAUGUUGCUAUUGAGCUGUGGCAGGAGCUGUCUGCCGAGAUCCGAGAGAUUCUGGGCCGUGAGACCGACGCUAAGGGGCGCAGCUUGCAGAUCCAUACGAUCCAGGAGCCGGACCCCGGGGGCUUGGUUAAGUCGGAUCAGGAUGAGUUGUCGGCCAGCUAUGUCAAUUUCUAUUUUGUUAAUGGUGGACUGAUUAUUCCUAAGUUCGGUGAUGAGGAAAGGGAUCAAAUGGCGCUGGAAAUGUUUCAGAGGUUACUCCCUGAGCGGGUGAUUCGACAGGUGUAUGCCAGCGCCAUUCCCCUUACUGGUGGGGUGCUUCACUGCGUCACUCAACAGGUUCCUGCAAUUCAGUGA